AUGAGUACUGCCCGCUGCUAUGAAUUCUUUCCAGAUUUGCCCAAAAUGGAUUUUCUUACUGAGAAUAUUAUUUUGAGGGUGUAUGAUCCAGAUUUCGCUCAAGAUUUCAGAAAAUCUUAUGAACUGAGGAAAGAAACUUAUAGUAUAAAAAAAUUGAUGGGAUUUGUUGCAGAAGAAUACGACCGAAAGCUCGAAUACCUUUUGAAUAUUGACAAAAGUUUGGCCCCAAAAAUUUUACACAAUGGCCCAGUGAUGCUUUGGGAUAAUGACUGUAUAAAAUUUGCCGGGCUUGCAAUAAUUACCACUGAGAUGGCAAGAGGUGGUGUUGAACUGGAUACAGGAGAAUUCUAA